AUGGUCUUAUCUUACGACAUAUCUUAUGUAAUCGGUAAACGGGACGACGAUAGGGAUUCAGCGAUCGAGGAUGCCGCGAGCUCGACAGCAUCUCUCACAUCUAGUAUCCAACACUACCGACAAGUGAACGGGCGCACCUACCAUGCCGAUUGCGGUGAUAAUAUCUACUGGGGCCCAAACGACAACCUGCAGAAUGGUAUGGUGGAUAUUAUGCAUCACGCAUACACGCUUGCUUUGGGUGAUAAGCUGUACCUUGCACCUCUUCCCGAACAUAUUGAUAAAGCACUGGAUAUUGGAACUGGAACUGGAGUAUGGGCUAUCGACUUUGCAGAUGAACGUCCUGAAACUCAAGUCAUUGGCACCGACAUUUCUCCUAUUCAACCAACAUGGGUGCCGCCUAAUCUUGAAUUCCAAAUCGAGGAUAUGGCCCAAGAUUGGACCUUCCCCUCAAACGCGUUCGACUUCGUCCACAUCCGUUGGAUGAUCGGCUCCGUCGUUGACUGGAACGCCUUGUUUAAAAAGGCAUACAAUGUCCUGAAGCCCGGUGGAUGGCUUGAGUCCUACGAGCUAGAUGCCGAUAUUCAGUGCGAUGAUGACAGCAUUCCUAGCAGAUCAGCCGUCGCCGAUUAUGGCUACAUCUUUCGGGAAGGCGGCAAGAAAAUCGGCACAGAGGCGUCGUUUAACCCUGUUGGGGAUAGGCUACAACGCAAGGCCUUCGAUGCUAGUGGGUUUGUUAAUAUCAAAGAGACGCCGAUCAAGAUGCCUAUGUCCGAAUGGCCUAAAGAUCCUAAGCAGCGCGAAAUCGGUCUGUAUACGCGGGCCGUUAUAUUCCACGAUACGGAGGGCAUUUUCAACUAUAUGGCGUCAAAGAUCGAAUGGAGUCCGGAAAAUGUUUCCGUAUACGCUGCUCAUUUACGUCGCGAGCUAAAGAGUCUUAAUGUGCAUUGCUACUACCGAUCGCUAGUUGUUAUAGGCCAGAAGCCAGUUGCAGAAUAA